UAUUUAGUGCAUUCCGCAAACAGUUUGCACCGGUAGCCAAUAUGAAAGAAAAAGGCGGCACCGGUGAAGAAGACUGCAGUACCGGUAACUCGUCGUUCACCACCACCACUGCUUGUUCUCUGGGGACUCUGGGUGAGCAAGAGAAAUGUUUCCAAUUAAAUUGUUAUUCCGAGCAAGAGUGGCAGAGAGGAUCAAUCCAGUCGUCUGCCAGAGCAACGUUGGGCGAGCCUUACGAGAAAUCCUUCUUCAACCCAGAUUCCACAAGUGAAGUAGUACGCCAUCAGUUGUUACCUGCCCAAGACGUCAUGAGCAUCAGAGAUCACAGAGAAUCCCAUAGACGCUUUGGGUGUCCCGAUCUAAAGCUUAACUCCAGGAGUCACGAAGAACUCGACAUUAAAAAUUAUUGUACCAAAUUCACCAUUCUAGACAACAACAAAGCCAAUUCGGACAAGGAAGACUGGGACAAGGAGCUCGAGGCCGCCGCCGAUGUACACAACGAUGAAGCGCUGCAGGUUCAGCAGUUGGAAUUCUUGUACAACCAGAUCGAGGAAGUCACCCCGGAGAACAUCUCACUGUGGGACGAGGCGACGGAACGGGCGUGUAUGCUGUUUUGCGAGAAGUUCGACCUGCAACCGAUGCACUUUUCGACCUUGCAGCAGGAAAAUUUGCUGCCUACCAAGUUUCACGGUGACUGGUUCAGGAUGCAAAACGAGCAGAAGUACAGGAUUCAGAGGUAUCACGAAAAAAUGAACGAAGAACCGAAAAGAGACGUUUGGUGUGACGAGGUGGCCAACGCAGGAGACAUCACUGACGUGAUAUUAAGUCGGCAGAUAAAGUUUAUCUUUGAUGAGAUCGGCAGGGCUUAUCCGAGUAGGAUGGGUUUGUGGGAAAACGUUCUAUCCAAGGCAGUACACGAGUAUUGCAUCAAGUUUCAACUGCCACAAUUGACGUUUACACAACUGCAGAUGGAAGAUCUGGUGCCAGUGAAAUUCCACGAUGACAUGAACCUGGUGAGAAGAAAAAAUAUCGAAAGGAUCAAAGAUUUUCAAGAUGAUUACAACAAGCAAGGUUUUGGGACCGAUGAUUUGGACAAGCUGUUGGUCAAGGGGUUGAGGUCUUGCAGAGCCAAGGCGUUUUUUGUAAAGAAUCUGGCUGUUAAGGUUGGCAAGGACAAGGCCGCUUCAAUCGCAGCGUUGAAUGCCGGCGAGGAAAUAUUAAAGGGAGCCAAUUUAAACGACGAAAAGUUGGAAAAGUGUUUUGCGCUGUUUACCAAAAGCAUAGCUUGCGCUCCGCUCAAUUCUAAGGAACUUGCUAAUGCCUACAGAAGCAGAUCGGGCUUAUUAUUUCGCAUGAAAAAAAGAAUGGAAUGCAAGGCAGCCUUGGGGAACAAUGGCUCUGGUAAUCAUCUGGAGUGCGAAAGUUUGUACCGCGAAGGUAAACAACUGAUGGAGGAGUCGAAGGAGACGCCGAGUCAAUCUACCGUGAGCCUAUCGAGUAAGGCAAUGAAAGUGUUGCACAUGAAAAAGGCUAAGCUUGACGAGCCAGCAAGCAUCGGCACCAAGAAGCAAAAGGUACACGAGCACGUGCAGAUUUACCAUCGCCGAAAGAAAGAUUCUUACUACGACGACGUCAACAUAAUGUUUCGCGAUUCAGAAAAGUUGCUGUACUCCAUGAGGGACUUUGCUCCAGGUGAUAUAAUAUACAUAGAACCGCCCGAGUUGGCCAGGUUCGACAUCAACUACUCGCACUUCAACUGCGACUAUUGCUAUGCUAAAUCUUGGACCAACAUACCAUGCGAUUACUGCAACUGGAGCAUGUACUGCUCAGAGUUGUGCAAACAAAAGGCCUGGGACGAAUAUCACAACAUCGAGUGCAUCGUAGCUUCGCAUUGCAAGAAAAUCAGCUGCACUUUCAAUCAUCCCGAUUUUUUGGCCCUGAGGUGUUUGUUGCAGGGAAUCAAGGAGUUUGGUGGGCUGCAGAAAUUGAAGGACGAAGUUACAACACUGGACAUAAACAUGAAGUACUGCGAGGCCGAUCCCAAUAACGAUGAAAAUGCUUUACACUACUCUACUGGUUUUAAGAGUAUUUUCACGAUGAGCGUCGCCGUGCAGAAAAUCACCGAAAAAAGCGUCGAUGUCAGGAAUUGUGAAAAAAUGUUGAUCAUUCUAGCCAAAGCAACCAAAUUUUUUGGUGAAAAUGUUAAAUUCAAGUGCGCUACGGAUAUGGCGGAAAAUCCGGACGUUUUGUUUUUUGGAAAAGUUUUGUUGAAGCUACGGCAAAAAAUUGCUUCCAGUGCUCGUUUUCUCUACAAUCCCACAAGGGCGUUCAGUGAUACGCAGAAUUGUGUAAAUAUAGAAAAAUGUAAAGGAGCAUGUCUCGCUCCACUGUCCUGUCUUUUGAAGCACAGUUGCUAUCCAAAUACAAAGAUUCUCAUAACAAAUCACAUGAGUUUGAUAAUGUUUGCGUUGAGACCGAUAAACGCAGGAUCUCUGUUGCUUGUGGCAUAUGAUAAAAAUUUUUUGGAACAAGAGCAGGAAGAU